GGGGACCGGGCUCUCGGCGUGCGGCGGCGGCGGCGGCUCUGCACGUCGGGAGGAGAAAGAGGCGAGAAGGCUCCGACCGGCAAAUGGGAGCCGCGGUCCCGGGCCGGUGUGCGGGACCGCUGCCUGCCUGUCCGGGAACCCCCAACCACGCAGCCACCGGCCCGGCCCCGCGCGUGUCCCGCAUGGAGCUGAGAGCAGGAGACUCUUGGGGGAUCUUCACCUUCCUGUGCGCCGCGCUCUGCAACCUGCCGGCGCUGCCCGCCCUGAACUGCACGGAGGAGCUGGGUGCCGGACAGUCCAUCCAGAAGACCUACGACCUGACCCGCUACCUGGAGCACCAGCUCCGCACCCUCGCCGGCACCUACCUGAACUACCUGGGUCCCCCCUUCAAUGAGCCCGACUUCAACCCGCCGCGGCUGGCGCGCGCCGAACGGGUGCCCAGCGCCACGGUGGACUUGGACCUGUGGCGGGGGUUGACCGACAAUGCCCGCCUCGCCGCCAACUACCGUGCCUACAGCCGUCUGCUCUGCUACCUGCGGGCGCUGGACGGGCAGGCGGGCACCGCCGAGCUGCGCCAUCGCCUCGGCCACUUCUGCUCCAGCCUACAAGGUUUGGUGCUCAGCAUCGCCGGCGUCAUGUCCUCCCUGGGUUACCCGCUGCCCGUCGGCCCCGCCGGGCCCCCUGCGCCCCCCGGCACCCCUGUCGCCCCUAAUGACUUCCUCAAGAAGAUGGAUGAUUUCUGGCUGCUGAAGGAGCUGCAGACCUGGCUGUGGCGCUCGGCCAAGGACUUCAACCGCCUCAAGAAGAAGGUGCCGCCCGCCGUGGUCACGCUGCGCUUGGAGGCAAGGGGCUUCUAGGCCCCCUCGCCGAUGCCCCCUCCCCCCCCACCUUGCUAGGAUGGGGAUGGGGCUUCUCACCCCGACGGGCCACCACAUGCCCCCACCGCCACCUCGCUGUGCCUUGUGGGAUGGAGCCUCCAACCCAAAGUGCCACCAAAGCUACCCAUGACCCGUCUCCAUCACCAGUGUGCCUUGAAAGAUGGGGCUUCUGACCCCAAAGUGCCACCACAGCCACCCCACAGCCCCACCAUCACCACACUGUGCCUUAAGGGAUGGGGUCCUGUCCCCAAGUGCCACCAAAGCCACCCCACAGCCCCACCAUCAUCAUAGUGCCUUAAUGGACAGGGGUCCUGACCCCAAAGUGCCACCAAAGCCACCCAUGUCCCCCCUCCAUCACCAGUGUGCCUUCAGAAAUGGGGGUCCUGACCCCCAAGGUGCCACCAGAGCCACCUCGUGUCCCCACCGUCUGUGCCUCGAGGAAGGAGCCAGUGCCACUGCGGUGUCCCCACCCCACCAGUGUGCCCUGGCCUCGGGACAGUCCCCACACCUGUGGGGCUGGGGAGGGCAGCAUCCCCCCACCUCCACUGCAGCAAUAAGCCCCACCCCCAGGGGCUCCAGAGUGGGUGCAAGCCCCGCCCACCCCUGAAAGGACCAAUCCCCCAGAGCAUAGGAAUAAGCCCUGCCCCAUCCAGCUGCAAGCCCCGCCCCAGGAGCAAUAGGCUCCACCCCCUCCCCGGACGGCAAUAAGCCCCGCUCACCAGCCUGUGCAGCAAGCCCCGCCUCCUUCCCACAACAGGCUCCGCCCCGUCACCCAAGCCCCACCUCUCCCAUGGUUACCUAGCAACUCACAGCCCCUCCUCCCCCGGGAGGGCGGGGCUCUGGGGCAUGGUGGGCGGGGCUGGAGGCGGGGCCCCAGGGCCGCUGUCCCGGUGCGUCUAUGAGUGUUUAUUUAUUGGAGAUGUUAUUUAUUGGGGUAUUUAUUGCAGAAGAUCUAUUCUUGUAUGAACGAAUAAAAGCCUUUCUCCAGCACCCCCGCCCCGCCCGCGCCACACGGCGGGGGGCCCAAGGAGCCAG